UGUGUAUGAGACAGAGAGAGAGAGAGAAGCACUUGCAGGCAUUAGGGCUCUCACAGCAGUGGUGAAUGGCAGAUUGCCUGCUGAGGCUGUGAAGAAGCGCAAUUUCUGGUAAGGGGAGGAAAAUAGACAAGAAGAAAAACAAGUAACAAAUAGCAUCCCUGUACUCGAGGCAGCACUGGCCUGUAUUUUCACCGAAGACUGCAUGGAGACCUAAAGAUUUGGGAGUUGCCUUCGUACCAGUUCCAACAUCCUUGCAAUUGGCUCAGCAUCUCUUCCUCUUCCCACAGGUACUGUCUGCUUCUCUGUUUCAAUUCCGUGCACAGAUAAAUAAUGAACUUUCUGCGGCGAAGGCUGUCUGACAGCAGUUUUAUUGCUAACCUGCCAAACGGAUACAUGACAGACCUUCAGCGCCCAGAACCUCAGCAGCCCCCUCCCCCCGUGGCCUCUCCUGCACAGGAGAGGAAGCAGGCUGCACCGCCAACUGGAACAAGCUUCUUCAGCUCCAUCUCGAAUGCUGUAAAGCAGACAGCUGCCUCAGCUGGAUUAGUAGAACAGACCCCAGCCACCACAAGCAAGAAGUUCAAAGUGCUUCUUGUCAUCGAUGAUCCACAGACUGAAUGGGCCAAAGUUUUGCGUGGGAGGAAGAUUCUGGGAGAUUAUGACAUCAAGGUAGAACAGGCAGAAUUCUUUGAACUUAACUUGGUAUCACAUGCAGAUGGCACUUGCAAUGUGGACAUGCAUGUCAUCAGAAAUGGCACAAAGGUGGUCAGGUCCUUCAAGCCUGACUUUGUGCUCAUUCGGCAGCAUGCCUUUAGCAUGGCUGAGAACGAGGAUUUCCGCAACCUCAUCAUUGGCCUGCAAUAUGCCGGAGUCCCCAGUAUCAACUCCUUAGAGUCCAUAUACAACUUUUGUGACAAACCUUGGGUGUUCUCUCAGCUGAUUAACAUCUAUAAGCACUUGGGACCAGAGAAGUUCCCCUUAAUUGAGCAAACCUUCUACCCUAAUCACAAGGAAAUGAUUAUAAUGCCAACAUUUCCAGUUGUGGUGAAAAUUGGACACGCACACUCUGGCAUGGGAAAGGUGAAGGUAGACAACCAUUAUGACUUUCAGGAUAUCGCCAGUGUGGUGGCACUUACUCAGACAUACACAACAACAGAGCCCUAUAUUGAUUCAAAGUAUGAUAUUCGCAUUCAGAAGAUUGGAAACAACUACAAAGCCUAUAUGCGGACCUCCAUUUCUGGCAAUUGGAAGACAAACACUGGCUCAGCAAUGCUGGAGCAAGUAGCCAUGACAGAUAGGUACAAGCUGUGGACUGAUGCCUGCUCCCAGAUGUUUGGAGGUCUGGAUAUUUGCGCAGUCAAAGCCCUUCAUGGCAAAGAUGGCAAAGACUAUAUUACAGAGGUAAUUGGCUCUUCCAUGCAGCUCAUUGGAGAGCACCAGGCUGAAGACAGACAACUGAUUGCAGAUAUGGUCGUGGCCAAAAUGAACCAGGUGCUGUCCAGAACAGCAAAUGCUUCUCCGCAGAGAAGUAUCAGCACCCAACAGCCCCAGAGUGGUUUGCUCCAAGAUGGUCAGACAGAGUCCAGCAAGACCCAAGCCCAGCGACCAGCCCCUCAAGGGGGCCCAUGGCAACCCCAAAGUCAAGAGGUGGUGCAAGAGCAAGCCCAGGGUCCAUCUGCAGAGGGAGUGAACCCCCAGCUGGCACCUCCUCCCACCAGCCAGCAAGGACAAGGGGUGCCCCCCACAGGACAGAUACUGCAACAACAGCCACCACCCCGGCCUCAGCCUCCAGUAAUCUCACAGCAGAGAACCCUGCCGCAUCCACAGCUCAACAAGUCGCAGUCACUGACCAACGCCUUCAGCUUCAGUGAGUCGCCCUUCUUUCGCUCCAGUGUCAAUGAGGAUGAAGCCAAAGCAGAGACCAUCCGCAGCCUGAGGAAAUCCUUUGCCAGUUUGUUUUCAGAUUGAACUGUGCGAUUCCCAAUGUUUUUGUAGAGAGGCAGACAGAGGAGGACCUCCUCUGUGAUCAUGUGCACCCAAACCUGAACCUCCCUUUUCAGCUGUCUGUGAAUCCUUAAAUCAGCUAAGUAUUCUUCCUCUCUGUAGCUCAUAGCAGGCCCUUACUUUAUCCCUGUAUCCCACAUAGGCCUGAGGCCUACUGUUUUGUCAAUCUGUACUCGCCCUGCUUUAUCUGUGUGCAAUAAGCACUGGCUUAUUAGAGCUUGGCUUUGUAGCAUUCUUCUCCUCUAACUCUACUUCUUAUGUUCUCACCUUCUUAUGUUGCUCUCUGACCCUUUUGUUAGUAUUGUAAAAUCUAAUUUGUCACUCUGUGCUCUAUGUAUUAGUUGUGGACUCUCCUUGUCUGUGGAUUGGUGGCUACCUGAGUUCAGUUGUGUACCGCCACUUUAAAACUAAGAAUGCCUACUUCAUAGGACUAUAGCUCUCAAUUUGUUCUGUGUUUUAUGGCUUUGUUUUUCAGCUCUAACCCAAUAUUAGAUCUGUUUCUCUUAUUAUUGAACUCCUCUUGGCUCACUUUAGCCCCAUUUUAUUUCUGUACCUCUCAGUCCACCACUAUGAACAUGUCUCCAGCUUUACGCCUGUGACCCUCACUCUGUGCAACGAGACACAUCAGACCAUGACCCCAGUUUGACCCUGUGACCCACUUCCUUAACAUCUGCAGGCCAGCUUUAUAUACUCUUUAAACUUGGCAGUACAAGAGUGACUUUUCCAGCUAUACCAUAAAUAUCAGAGACGACACUCGUGCAGCCUCCUGUUAAAGAGCAGUUCAAGUUUAACAAAACAGAGCUCUACACCUGAUGGCCUUGCUGUGUGCCGUUCAGCUCCCCACUUCUCUAGCCACUCAUGUUCCAGGGGAGCCAUUUUCCUGCUUAUUAGUUGUACAUUUGCUAAAGAAUAAACGUGUGACCAAAAUAA